GAGGCUUUCGAUUUUGAACGUCUUCGUUUCAAUUCACCGCCGUUGUCUUCUCUUUCAUUCACUUUCCCGGCGGCUUAGGGUUUAUCUGUCGGAGUUAGUUUCGAUGCGGAACGGGAAGAAGAGAGCUCGCUCAGAACCUGGAUCCACUAAGCAACCCCGGAACAAAUACUCCGAUAACCCACCCGAUUUCGCCAACUUGGCGUCUCUUUACCCUUCUUUCAAGCCCUUUGUUUUCUUCUCCGGUGGUCGGCCCCGCAUCGACUGGACCGAUUACAACGCCACCCGAGAGCUCACUCGUAUCCUUCUUCUACAUGAUCAUGGCGUCAACUGGUGGAUUCCGGAUGGACAGCUUUGCCCUACUGUUCCUAAUAGAUCCAAUUACAUUCAUUGGAUCAAUGACCUUUUGUCCUCUGAGAUCAUUCAGAAGAGUUUGGGUGGUGAUGGAAGCAAAGUUAAGGGCUUUGACAUUGGUACAGGUGCCAAUUGCAUUUAUCCUCUCCUUGGUGCUUCCCUUUUUGGUUGGAGUUUUGUUGGCUCAGAUUAUACUGUUGUAGCUCUGGAAUGGGCAGAGAAGAAUGUCAAAAGUAAUCCCCAUAUUUCUGACCUUAUUGAGAUCAGAGACUCUAAACUUCUUCCACAGAGUUCCUCUGACCCUGAGGUUGUAAAUAGAGAGAAGGAGAAAAGCAUACCUGAGGAAGCCGAAACUACCGCUACGGUUCAGUCUGAUUAUCCUGUAGAUGGCAGCAAAAGCUAUAUUGAACCAGCCGUGCUACUUGGUGUUGUCAAGGAAAAUGAAACUUUCGACUUCUGUAUGUCCAAUCCUCCAUUUUUUGAGACCUUUGAAGAAUCAGGCCUUAACCCUAAAACUGCAUGUGGUGGAACUCCUGAGGAGAUGGUUUGCGAUGGUGGGGAGCAAGCUUUUGUGUCCCGUAUUAUCGAAGAUAGUGCUGUACUGAGACAAAGAUUCAGGUGGUACACCUCAAUGCUUGGAAAGAAGGCUACCCUCAAGUUCUUGAUAUCUAAGCUUUGGGAAGUAGGUGUUACAGUUGUGAAGACCACAGAAUUUGUCCAAGGCCAAACAUCCCGUUGGGGCCUCGCUUGGUCCUUCAUGCCCACAGCUAGGAAGAUUAUAGCAACUCCUGUAGUCAAAAAGACUGUUCAUUCGUUUAUGCUUGAGAACAUAAAACGGCAGUACAGUGCCGUAGAUGUGCUGCAAUCAGUUGAAGAAUUCUUUAAGAGCUGUGGUGCCUCAUGCAAAUUAAACUCUUCUACAUUUUCUGUUGACAUUGUUGCGUCUAAUGACCAGUGCAAUACAAUCUCAAAGAAUGUUACUACAGAUGUGGAUAGUGCGAGAAGCCACAGAUGUGAAAAACAGUCACUGGUUGGCUCCAGUUUGCAAGUCCCUGAAGAUAACCUAUCUUUCCGCAUCUUGGUGUUCCAACAGAUGCCAGGAACGUUGCUUAUAAAAGGAUCAUUACAGCAGAAAGAUAUCCCCCUAUCAGGAUUGUUCUCAGUAGUUUUUGGUUCGUUGGAAGAAAGUUUGAAAUCCAAAUUUUGUCGAUAACCAGUCUCAGGGCACUGUUCUGACUUGAAGAAUGGUAUCUGGCCGAAGUUGGAUGAAGAAUAUAAAGCACAUGUUCUUACACUCAAAACUCAAGCCAUACAAUACCUCCCAACAGAGGCAAGUAGAAAUUUAUUAGCAGAAUCAUGUUGUGGAUAUGAAAGUGUUGCAUAGCAGACUGCUCGUGUCCUUCAACCGCAUAUGUUUACUUGAAUGAUGAGUUGAAAAGGCUUACCUUGCGUGGAAAGAUACACACGGCCAAGUAGGAGUACCCAAAAGGAGUAAAGGGGAGAGUUUGAGGACUCUUUACUUCACGGGAUAAAGCAAGCAAAGCUACUUUUGCUUUCCUCUCCACUUUCUCUUAUUUGAUUUAUCAUCGCUUGUGAUGGAAAAAAUGCAAGACCUUUACCAAAUGUGGAUGUAGUAGUUAUUUUGAAUUGUGACUUUCUAUAUAUAACUUAGGUGAUCCCUCAACGGCUCAACCCUUUGAUUCAUCUGGAUAGAAAUGAAUCCUUGCGAUGGUAGAUACUUUGUUUAAUU